GAAAGGCGAGGGGGCUGCGGCUGAGGCUGCGGCCUGGGGCUGCGGCUGAGGCUGCGUCAGCGUUGCCUAGAGAGAGAGAAAGGCAGACAGAGCCCGGAGCCGGUGCAGCCACCCGGCCGGUACCAGCUCCUCGGCGGGCUCUUUUUCUUCGCUGCCAUGCUCCAACUGCCCCUGCUGCCCCUUCUGCACUGCCUGGGCUGCAGCGCCUGGCUGCUGCUGCUGGCGGGGCCCAUAGCCUCGUCGGCCAGCCCAGCCGACGACAGCGCCAGGAGAGGGGACCCCUCAAGCUCGGGGAGCGACGAGGUGCAGCGCCAGCCUCACGACUCGACCUACGGCACCUUCGCCAGCGAGUUCUAUGACCUUCGCUACCUGUCCGAGGAGGGUUAUCCUUUCCCUACUGCUCCUCCUGUGGACCCAUUUGCCAAAAUCAAAGUGGAUGACUGUGGAAAGACUAAGGGGUGCUUUAGAUAUGGGAAACCAGGAUGUACUGCAGAAACCUGUGAUUAUUUCCUUAGUUACCGCAUGAUAGGAGCUGAUGUAGAAUUUGAGCUAAGUGCUGACACUGAUGGUUGGGUGGCAGUUGGAUUUUCAUCAGACAAGAAAAUGGGUGGUGAUGAUGUCAUGGCUUGUGUUCACGAUGAUAAUGGCAGAGUUCGAAUACAACACUUUUACAACGUUGGCCAGUGGGCUAAAGAGAUCCAGAGAAACCCUGCCAGAGAUGAAGAAGGCAUCUUUGAAAAUAACCGUGUGACCUGCAGAUUUAAACGUCCCGUGAAUGUUCCCAGAGAUGAAACAAUAGUGGAUCUUCAUUUGAGCUGGUAUUACUUAUUUGCCUGGGGACCAGCAAUUCAAGGAUCUAUAACUCGGCAUGACAUAGAUUCACCACCUACAUCAGAGCGCGUUGUCAGUAUUUACAAGUAUGAAGACAUUUUUAUGCCAUCAGCUGCCUAUCAAACCUUCUCUUCUCCAUUCUGCUUGCUUCUUAUUGUCGCACUGACCUUUUACUUAUUGAUGGGAACCCCAUAACCACAGCAGCAAAGCCGAAAGUACAUCUUGUGGAUUAAUUGGAAAUUCUUCAUUGUGGUGUGUUUUCUAGUAGAAUUCAAUAUAAUUGUUUUUUUUUUUUUUAAAUUCCUUUUUAGCAACUAAACUUGUCAGAGAAGAAAGUUAUCGAGCUUAUCUUCUGGGUAGAAGAGGUUUGUGGUAAUAAUAAUACCUUGCAUUUAUAUAGCAUUACUUUCUCAUAAAAGAAUUUUCAUAUACAUUAUCUCAUUUGUUCUGCACUACAGCCCUGGGAGAUAUCUAGAGCAAGGAUUUUAUCACCAUUUUACAAAUGAGGAAACUGAGACCCAGAGAAAUUGUAAGUUGCCCAUAGACACACAGCUGGUUCAUGAAAGAACCAAGAUUUGAAGCAAAGUCUUUGAACAACUCUUUCUUAUUGGGUCCACAAAAGUUGCUUAAGAAUCAUCAGAAAAUAUACAAUAAAUUGUUGUGAAGUCACAAGACCAUUAAACCAUUGACCUUUUAUACAAAAAGACUUCCAAAAGUUAGUAGAGAAUAAGUGCUUUCAGAAUAAUGAUACUGAUGAUGAAAAGAAGAAAAGGGAUAUUACAAUGUGCUAUUAUGGGUCCAAAGCUGCUUCUAAAAAUAGGCCACUCUCCUAAAAUGAGUCUUUGAAAGGGAAAAAAUAUAUAUAAAUUGAAAUUGAAUUUUUUUUUACAAGAUUACCAUAUUGAAAAUUAUUCUAAAAGUUUUUUACAUUUCUUUUCAUUCAAAUGCAAUUUUAAAAAUCACUUUAACUGUCAGUUUCUUACUAAGAGACUGGGGGGAAAGUGUGGCUAAUAUUCAAAUGAAAAUAGGAUAUUAUUUCAUUUCCAGUUCCCCUUCUCAAUAGCAAAAAGCAAAAUGUUUUGUAUUCAGCCCCUGGUUAGACAAUAGAAAAAUGAAAUUAUAUUUUGGAUUAAAAAUAGCGAUUUAAAAAGUUUGGAAUUUGGAAGAUCAUAUAAUUACUUUCAGAAACUAGGAAGUUCAUUUAUAAUUACCUUUAAGUGGACAAAAAAGUAGUAAUUUUUAGGCCUAAAUAACCCUAUUGCCAAUAUCAUAACUCAUUUCAAGGGUGUCUACUAGAUUGAAGUAACUUAAAUAGGCAUUGUAGGAAACAAACCAUCUUAAUAGUGUUUCAAGAUCCAUUGAAGAAUAAUUCACAAUUAUGUCUUAGAAACAGUGUUACAUGAGAAAAAAUAGUGUUUAUUUUAGAUAGUCAUCAGGAAGUAGAACAAUUAAUGGUGAAAAGAAUAUGCCAAGAACUAUUUCCAUUAAUUGCUUUGAAGAUAUAUACUUGUGUACUAGACAAGCAAUACAAUAAUAAUGAUGAUGCUUUGACUUUAUUUCAUAUGUGAAUGAGAAGUAUCUGUGAUUUUGUCACCAUGGAAUUUUCCUCCUAAAUAUUCCACCCAAAAAUAUGCAUCAUACACCACAACCAUCUAUGACUUGAGAUAAAUCCUAUGGCAUUGCCCAAGAUACAUAGAGUUUAUAUUACUUGACUAGGGUCAUACAGCUAGCAAGUGUCAGAGGAGGGUAUUAACCCAGGUCUUCCUGAUUCCCAACCUGUCAUUUCUACAACACUGUCUUCAUAUAUGAAUAUAUGUAGACAUCUGUAUUAUUAUCCCUAAGUACUUCCCAUGAUCUGUCCUCAUUCAAUGACUCAUUGAGGACAUUCAAUGUCCUCAUUCAAAGGAAAGGUCUUUGUACUGGUAAUUUUCAUUGUGUCAGUCACACUUCAUAUUAAUGAAGUGCAUUUUACUAUCUAGACCAAAUCAAUUUAGUAGUCAUCUUGGAAUUUAUGACAUUGGCAAGAUCUUCCUAUGAUGAUGUUUUUACAGUUCUUCUGAUAAUUAAAUCUCUUUAAACUGGGUCUAAAAUUGUAGGUUAUAGGUUACAAUAUGAGACUACAAUAUAUUUGUUCCCCUAUGCCCUUAAUAGAAAAGCGAAAUGUUUUUAAGAUUUUUCUGUUUUCUUUUAUGUGUAGACUAAUACCUGUGAUGUUAGAUUGUAUAAAUGUUACUGCUAACCUGUCUACAGUAGGGAAAAAUAAUUAGCAAAUUCAUGAACUUUCCUCCCAUUUACAUUUCAAAGCAAUAAGCUAAUUGUUUCAUUGACAACUUCUGCUUUAAUUACAGGUCACGUGUGUAGAGUUAGGGAUGUCACAAGUAUGUUUUUGUUUCAUACUUGUAAGCCCAUCUCAGCUAACAGCUUCAUAUACUCACAUCUGUAACCAAUCUAUAAAUCCAUUAUUUAUUUAAACAAGCCAAUAGUUAGUUCUUGAUCUUAAAGCAUCAACAAAAGGAUUGUUUAUGAAUUUACUAAAUGAUCUUUCCUACUUUGGACUUUAGCUGGUAUUUGAAUGUCAUGAUUGUUCAAUGACAUGAAUUCACAACAUAGAGAUGUCAAGUAAUAACAGUUGAACAACCUCCUGAAUUGGAAGAUUCCCUGAAGUAACUAUACAUAUUUCAACCGCAUUAAACAAUCAGUAUUUACUAAAUUAGAAGGACUAACUACUGACAACUUUUAAAAUGCACAUAGUAUGUCUACACAUAUUUCAUAAGAAUUAAUGAAUUUAAGUCCCACUAGAAUCCUCAUUUAGUAGGUUUUGGCUUGGGUUUUUUUUUUUCUCCAUCUAGCAACUCAGUCUAGGGAGAAAAUUGAAAAUGAAAGAAAAUAAACACAUAUCAGUAACUUCAAACCAACUUCCAGAUUGUUUCCCAAGAUUAUCUUUGAUUCAAACCAUUCUCUUACAAGAUUUAAAACUAUUAAACCUAUUAAAAUUAAGUACUAUUCCCUUGAGGCCCAUCAAAAUUUUUGAUCAUUAAAGAAAGACUAAAUUCAGAGUAUUCUACUUACGUAAGGCAAGAAAGAAGACUAAUACAUCUUGGAAAGAUUGUCAACAAGUAUUGAAACAAAUGACUUCAUCAUAAAAUGCAAGUAACCAAAACAACUGUUCUCAAAGCCUUCUAGUUAAAUGAGAGUUUUCUUUGUUUUUGUUCAGACUUAUGACUUCAUUGUCAGAGUAAACUACCAGUGAGGAAACUCCCUUUACCAAUCCAAAUGGGCAAUUGCUCUAUAAUUUAGAGUCUUAAUGAGGGGCACAGAGAAGUUAUUUGCCCAGGGACACACAGCCAAUAGUAUGAAUCAGGCACAGGACUUGAACCAAGGUAUUCCUUACUCUGAGGCCAAAUCUAGGAUAUCUCUAUCACCCUGAUUCUCUUAAUUUAUUGAGUUUCAUCUCAGAGUACCUAAACAAUCUCUAGAAUAAAAACCAAACUUGGAUUAAUAGCUACAAAUAGAGAAUGGUGAUUAUCAAUUUAUUUAUUAGCAUCCUAGUCACUACCAAGAAGAGUGUGUGAAUUUAACUACAAAGUCAUCACUCAUUCCCUUUUGGGCUAAAUAUCUAUACCCCAAAAAAGUCCAAUUGUCCCUAAAAUUCUAUCAAGCUAAAAAUAACUAUCUUCUCCAAUAAGCAAGCCUUCUGACUUGCAGCAAAUAUGAGUCUCUUUCUCUCUCUCUGUCUGGGGUACCAUUUGAACUCAUGCACACUGCAAGAUUAUAAAAUUCACACUCUUUCUCUCUUUGAUUGAUUCCCCACACUACACUCCAGCUUGUGCUGAGGGGAAAGAUCUUCCUUCUUGUUUUCUCUCUGUGCAUAUUAUUACCAAUGCAAAUAGUUCUUAUUUGUAGCCAUUUUGUUAAUGACAUAAAAACUAAGUGAAUAAUCAGAUGACAAAUCAUCUGAAAUCUUACUACCUGGAGCUGCAAUGGAUAGGAAACAAAAUUAACUUAUCUCCUCUCCAUGCUGUUCCUUCCCUCCCCUUCACUAUCAAGGGGCGGGGGAAAAUAUAAAGUCAUAGGAUUGUUUUUUGGACUGAUAAACAUGAGGCAACAUAUAUGGCCAAGAGCAAAGAAAAGAAAAACACAAGUAUUAGGGACCAGGUGUAUUCGUCUCACCAGCCCCUCUAUUAUCUGCUGAGUCUAUCUCUACUCUACUUUCAUCCUUCACUCAAAGAUAUCAUUCUGCCCUACAACUGAGCAAUCCAGAAGAGUCCUAGAAAGAUGUGUUAGAGGAAAUGAUCCCAACAGUUCUGUGUGAUAUUUCUCCUCUCUGACCACUCUGUUGUCUUUUCCUCCCCUGAGGUCUAUACAAGGGCAAAGGAAAGACAACAAAAACUUCAGGAAUUCUGGAUAACUUUCAUGGCUUGCUGGCAAAAGAAAAAAAAACCUGUGGGCAUGGCAAAUCUAGGUUGCAUUCUUCCCCAGGGCCAGGAAUUUUGUUGCCUCUUUUAAAAUCAGUUGAAAUAUACUUGACCUCUGCAAAUAUAUGUCACAAUCAUCAAGAUAAAUAUCAGCAUUUGAAAUAACAAGGAUAAUUACCGCAGGAUCCUGGGUAAUCAUUCUCACAUUCAGUAGGUAUAGGACAGUGCAAAGCAAUUUCAGUGACUUAAUCUCUAAAUUAUAUUCUGAACAUAUUACAUGAACCUAUUCUGGUAGUAUAAAAUAGUCAUAGUAUACAAGCAAAUAUCUAUAAAUAGAGAAAAAAGCUAGAAAUAACAAUGUAGAUAAGUCUGUACCAUAAUUAAAAAUGCAUGAGCCUUAGCAUAUAUGCAAAUAAGUAGCAAAACAAUACCUAGCUAACAGAUUUGCUAUGCUACAUGUAUAACAUUAGCACAUAAACAGCAAAAUAAUAAAACGGAAUCAUAACUCAGAACAUACAGUAAUUAACAAGUGCAUAAGUAAACAUAAGCAGUUAAAAGCAAGACAUUCAUUACAUGAGCAAACGUUAGUAUUAUUGUCUGGCUAAAUGUAUAACCAUUUCUCCAGUUUCACAAAUGACAUCAAGGGUUAGUUUGCUCACAGUUUAGAUAGACCUAGCUACCUUAUAUCCUGCUAUUCUUUCUGGCCCUGUACCUGAGCUGGUUAAUGGUAAUCAUCAUCAUUGCCAUGAGAUAUACAGGUCUGUAUUCCUAUACUUGAGCGUUUUGAGGAUCUAGUCUGUCUAUCAGUAUUUCUAGGCUCUAUGAAUUGUCUCUGGACCCUAGAAGUCUCUACUUAUUAAGUUCUGAGAAGGAAAGGUACUGUCUCUGGGUUGAAUCUUUCCUCAUGUUUUCAGUAAGGCAAAGUUACUGAGUUAUAAUAUAGAGUGGCUCCUUCACUGGAAAUGCCAUUUCAUUCCGAUCUAAUUCAGACCACUUUCGCACAAUUGGUAAACAGUUGAGGUAAGCAUCUAUUAUUUCUGUCCUUCUGUUCAUCAGUGAAGUCAACUAAAUUUUCUAUGGAUAACAGGUGGUUGUAAUGAAUUGUUUCUACCAGGCCCCACCCACUCUCCGGAACUAUUCUGUAAAUAAUCAAGUUGUCCAGUGUCUCAACAACUUGGUAUGGAAAAACUUUCUGUCAAUCUCAACUUGUAUGCCUCUUGAACAGCAACAUUUCUUGACAAAACUCUUGAUAACAAACUUAGCCAUCAUACUGUCAUUCGUUUCUGUCAGCUCUCCCAAGCUGAAGUCAUGCCUAGUUUAUAGGCUUCCUUCUUCUUCUUAGCUGAUAACUAUGCUUAUUAUGAGUGUUUGAAUUUCCUUCCUCUUCUGAGACUCCAAUAAACAAAUCAAUAAAUAGAUAUGACUCCUGACCAAACAUCAGUAACUAUGGUUUACAGAUUGUAGCCUUAUUUCCUCUGGAUGGAGUUGUAUGUGUAUACCACAAAUACUCUAUGUUGACUCUAUUCCAUUUUUUGUUCUGGUUUCAGUGUUCUAACAGGUUCAACAUUGUACAACUGAAACAUUUGGGCUAUGAGUCUCUUUGGGAGAUUGUAAGGUAUAUUUUGACUUCUUGAUAUUUGUGAAUGCUAGCAUUUCUUUGAGUAGCCUGCUCUCAAAGUUUUUGCCUUGGUCAGCUGAAUCAUAGCUAGGAAUUCGUACACUGAGAAAUAAUUCUCCUGUGACAAUUUAGCAACCACUGGACGCUUUUGAUUCCUGAUUGGAAUUGCAUAUUGCCUAUGUAUGCCUGGUGAAAUAAUCAGUCACCAUGAAGAUAUAACAUGUCUUGUUCUCUUCUUCCAGAAAUACAGUCAGUUAAGACAAGUUCCAAAGGUUUGAUUGUGCUUAUGUUCUUCAAAUAUGAGGCACAAAUCGGUUAGCUUUUCUUUGUGCAUAAUGAACUCAUCUCACAUUUCCAAGUAACAUCUGCUACCAUCUCAGGCCAGUAAAAUAUGUUUCUUACUCCAGAGUUCUUUCUUGAUCUAUAUGUCCAAAGUCAUCAUGGUGAUAGACAGAGAGUGAUAUGCACUCGAUGGUACAAUUUGUUUUUUGGUACCAUCUGCAUGAUUAAUAAUAGUACAAUACAGCAUUCCAUUAUGCAGGUCCAACUUCUAUUGUUUCAACAAUAAGACAACUUCUAGUGACUGGAAUUUAAAGUCCUUUGGCCUCACUUCUAUCCUUCUUUGCCUGUAUCACUUCUUAUAACCCAUCAUCUAUCUGCUUUCACUGGCAGUCUUUUAAAGCAAAUUAAGACAAAGCAAGUUCAAUGAAACAAGGUUCGUAUAAGCCACUUUAUACAAUGUGAGAAAAGUCCCAAAGUCUUAGCUAUAUAUCGACUUGACAAUUGCCCAGCUAUCUGGGAAUCACAUAUAGUCCUGCACUCUCCUUAGGUAUCACUGUAGCUUUGAUGUCAUGUGACCCGUAGGAAAGAGCAUCCGUGUCCACAUUACUCUUCCUUAGCUGUUAGUAAAUGCUGUAUUUGUAGUUGGCUAGUGCUGCUACCCAUCUAUGACAAGAAGCAUUUACUUGAUACUUAUAUACCAUCUUUGAGCUUUUCAGUGACAACCCACUUCAAAGUCAAGAAUUUCAACUUAUGGCAUAAAGAAUCUCAUUGUCAUUGUUUUCUGCUGGUAAAUGUACUGGUUCCUAGGGACCAUCACUUUCUUAGUACAGAACUGCUCCCAAAUACUUCAGUCUUGCAUCUGUGUGUAGGACAAAAGGUUUGCCUAGACCUUUAUAGGCAACACUUAUAUAUUCAUGAGGCAACUGACCCAAAUCUUUGAUAAUUUUUCACAUAUGUCCUUUCAUAGAUCUACAAAUGACUUCAUAGGUUUUAAAUCAAUUUGACCUUUACUGCCCUUCAGCUUUUGGUUUUCAUUGAUCACAUAUGCAUGAGUGAGAACAUUUAGUAGCUUAGCAAUAGCAAUAUAGUUCUACACAAUUUUGCAAUAAUAAACAUUAAACGUCCUCAGAUCUCAAAGGUUCUGUGGUGUGCCCAAUUCAAGAGCACUUCUUUCUUCUCUGGAUCAGUGCUCAGAACCUUAUGGAGAUACUCUUUGACUUGCACACUUGAGAGAGGCUGUGCAAAACUAGCAUUAGUCAAUUGACAGCUUCCUUUUGCCAUUCCAAUACUUGCAUCCAUCUUUUUCCAGGUUCUUCCCAAAAUUAAUGAAGUCAUCUAUAUAGACCAAGACUUUCAAGUAAUCCAUAUAUGUGACUAUUUUCUCCCUAAGCUAUUGGAAAGAGUCAGAUGCCACUUAGAUGUCUUGAGAUUUAAAACUGAUAAAAUUCAGUUUUAAUUGUUUAAAGUAAAACAAAAUUUAAAAUGACAAUAAUAUCUUAAAAUAACUGAAAUUUUUAAAUAUAUGGAAAAAUUAACAACUGAAAAAUAAAAGGAAAAAGUCUUCCAAAAACACAGCAAGUAACACUGAACUAAAAUGUUCAAAAUUUUUUUUAAAUUGCAGAGUGAGAGUCCAUUUGCUAAUUGCUUCUUCACUAAGCUGCUGCUGCCAUCUUUUGUAGUUACCAUUUUCUGCUGCUUCUCUGCUUAGCUGGACUAAAAUUCUGUUCAAAUGGAAAAAACAAAAUUGCAAUGAGAGUCCCAGUGUGUCUUCAGUGAUGCUGCACACUCCUAUUUAAAGAAAAACAAAGAAGAAAAAACAAUUUUAAUCCCAGAUGUAGCUUUCAUAUUUAUUAACUAUCAAGGACAAUGCAAGAGUGAAAAUCAAGUCACAGAAGUAUUCUUUGCCAUCCAUACAUGAAGGGUUAUAUUCUCCCACAAAUUCUGAUGAAAAUGGGAGAAGAAACAAUCCCUGGACGACUCGCUUUGUAAGAGCUUUGUUGUGCAUAAAACACCUCUCAUGCCCCAGCAAUUGACUAUGAGUCAUAACCCUUCCACUCCAGCUCUGCAGCUGUCUUUCCUUUUUACUUACAAAGCUGCCAUUUGCUGCUUCUUUGCGGAUCUGUAGCCACAUGUUGGAGCUACUGCUCAUCUGCUACUGUGGCUGCUGACUCCCUUCUGAGUUGCUGCUGCCAUCUGCUAUUGCUUCUCUGCUAAGCUGCUGUUAUACUUUGCAGCUGUCAUCUGCUGCUGGUUCUCUGCUUAGCUUCUGUCGCCCUCUACUAUUACUUCUCUGCUUAGCUGAUACUUCUAUCUACUACUGCUUCUUUGCUAAACUGCUGCCACCAUCUGCUAUUGCUUCUCUGCUAAGCUACUGGUGCCAUCUUCUGCAGCUACCUUCUACUACUUCUCUGCUUAGCUGCUGCCACCACCUGCUGCUGCUUCUCUGCUUAGCUUCCACCUUCAUCUGCUACUGCUUCUCCGCUAAGCUCCUGUUGCUAUCUUCUGCAGCUAUCAUCUGCUGCUGCUUCUCUGCUCAGUUGCUGCCACCAUCUAGUAUUGCUUCUCUGCUUAGCUGCUUCUGCCAUCUGCUGCUGCUGCUUCUCUGCUUAGCUGCUUCUGCCAUCUGCUGCUGCUUCUCUGCUUAGCUGCUUCUGCCAUCUGCUGCUUCUCUGCUUAGCUGCUUCUGCCAUCUGCUGCUGCUUCUCUGCUUAGCUUCUUCUGCCAUCUGCUUCUGAUUCUCUGCUUAGCUGCUUCUGCCAUCUGCUUCUGAUUCUCUGCUUAGCUGCUUCUGCCAUCUGCCGCUGCUUCUUUGCUUAGCUGCUUCUGCCAUCUGCUUCUGCUUCUCUGCUUAGCUUCUGACAUCAUCUGCUGCUGCUUCUCCGCUUAGCUUCUGCCAUCAGCUGCUGCUUCUCUGCUUAGCUUCUGCCGCCAUCUGCUAUUGCUUCUCUGCUUAGCCGCCACUGCCAUCUACUAUUGCUUCGCUGCAAGCUUCUGCCAUCAUCAUCUGCUGCUGCUUCUCUGCUUAGCUGCUGCCUCCUUCUACUAUUGCUUUUCUGCUUAGCUGCUAUCACCAUCUGCUGGUGUUUCUCUGCUUAGCUCCCACUAUCAUCUGCUAUUACUUCUUCAUUAAGCUACUAUUGCCAUCUACUCUUGCAUCUCCACUAAGAUGCCGAUGCCAUCUUCUGGAGGUGUCAUCUAUUAUUGCUUCUCUGCUUAGCUGCUGCCACUUCUCUGCCAAACUGCUGCUGCCAUUUUCUUAAGCUAUCAGCUCCUACUACUUAGCUGCUGCUACCAUCACUUGCUCAUUCUCUGCCAAAGUGCUAUAGCUAUGUGCUGUAGUAUCAUCUACUGCUGCUCCUCUUACUAAGGGGCUCCUGCCAUCUACUGGAGCUGUCACCUGCUCUGCCAAGCUGCUACUACCACCUGCUGAAGCUGCCAUCCACUGCUGCUACUCUUCUGAGCUGUUCCUGACAGCUGCUUCUCUCCUGCUGUCAUCUACUAGAGCUAUCCUCUGCAGCUGCUACUCUAUUGACUUGCUGCUAUCAUUUUCUAUCUGCCUCUCUGGCUUUUUCUUCCCCUAGAAGAAAAGAGGAAAGAGUAUUAACAACUUUUUUAAUAAAACUGCUCCUGGCCAACAUGCCUGGGAGCUAAUCAACACGUUAUCAUCACUUUUAAGUCACCAUACACCACAUUUAGCUAAUACUCAGACAGCUGUCAAGACCUUGUUCUUCAUUUUUCCUCCUCCACCCAAACCCUCCCCAGGGAAAGGCCCUCAGCCCUUACUACUAGUUGGGUUAUCAUAAGUGAAUUCCUUUCACCUCCCAUCAUGGCCUCUGACACUGGGCAGCCGGCCCGUUCAAAUUACUUAAACUUACCCACACUGGAGGGGUUGGGUGGGACUGGAAACUUGUUUUAUAUUCUUUCCAGUACAAGUGUCACAUUCCUUAUACUUAGGGUACUUUACCAACUUCGUUUCAUUUCCCACCUCCUUCGCUUCCCUUUCUCCUUCUCUGAGCCGCUUUUGCUUCUCUUUCAGCCUAAGGCCCCCUGUUCUUCCUCCUCCUUCAAUUCAUGUGUUCAAGUCCCCUUCCUGAAUUGUUCUUCAGCUGUAGUCUUUCCCCUCCUUUAGCUUAAGUACCUUAUUAAAAAGCCUGCUUCCCUCCCUCAUUCCCACAUCUGCUCCUAGUCUACACAUGUCUCACCCAAUGUAUGCUCCCAAGAACUCUGAAAAGUACUAUCCUAUGAGGCAUCAACAAUUUCUCAAGAACCCUCAGUGCUUGCCACAGAGCCACUGCAUUUGUUGAUGCUGCCUCCUUCCCCCUCCCCACCAUAAUGUGGAAGCCCCCGUAACUCCUCUGUGUGUGUGAAUGUGAACACAUGUACCCUAAGGCUUUUCUCUUGGGAGAGGCAAAGGACUGAAUUCCCUUGGAACUACUCAGAUUCCUUCAGCAUAAAUUCUUUCUGUGCAUGCCUGCUACUUUUAAUUUUUCAUGGCUCCUCUCUCAAUUUUAGCCAAUCAACAGUCACUUCUUCUGUAAUUUUGCCUGUUACUAGGAGGACUAUCUGCCAUCCCUUUACAAUUUGAUGUUUUUCUUCUAUUGUGGGCAGAUAACCAAGCUUGUUAGUUUUGUUUAUUUAAUAACAGUGCAUACAGCUCUGAAUGACUGACUAAGACAGAAUGUGACUUUAAUAGUAAGAGUUUGGUAUCAGCCACUUCAGGGAAUCAGAGACCUUUUUCUAAAAUCACAGAGGUGCUCCCAAUCAUUGAAGUUGAUGGAAGUCUGACCUCUAGUUCAAUGUUAUAUUACUCUGCAUGGACACUGACAAAAGCCAGGAGUAGAUUAGUUAUGGAAUCUAAUAAGAUGGUGUAUGCAAAGCACUUUGCAAACUCUAAAGUAUUCUAUAAAUGUUAGUUAUUAUUAUUUCAAUGGAUCUGUGAUAUCACUGAUGGGGAUGCUUCCUUUGACACUGAGGAUCACAACUUAUCCAUGCCUUCCCAUGCAUCUUUUCUCCAUAUCCUCCCAUUUAUCUUUCACAGGCUGAAAUAGAGAAAGGAAACAUAAAGAUUCACAACAAUUAUUCUUUAUUUCAUGCUUUAUUUUUAGUAAAGCACUUUCCUUACAAUAUCCCUAUGAAGUACGUAGUAGAUGUCUCAUCCUUGUUUAACAAAUGAAGAAAAUGAAACUCAGAAAGGUUAAGUUACUUGCCUGUUGUCACACCACUAGUAAGUGGAAGAGCUAGGACUCACUGUUCUUUCCGCUACAUACGGUAUCUAGCAGCAGGGGAAAAAAAUGUAAUUGAUAUAACAGGAAAAGAAUGAGCUUAUUCAAAGCCCAGAUGUGAAAGAGAAGAGAUCAAUAUAGUUGUUCACUUCUGCUACUUCCUUCCUCUACUUAUCUCCCCCCUCAAAAUGUCCUAUGAUCAUCUCUUCAAUGUCCUGUGAGAAAUGUUCACAGAUUUGAUGGAAAUGUACUUAGAAAAAGGUUUGGAGUAUUUAAAUAGCUGCUUAAUGAGAAGAAUUUAUAAUAGUGAAUUUUGUUUGAGCAAAUUUCCCAAUUUACAAAUAUUACAAUCCCAUUCUGUUUACAAGUAAUUUUGUGCUUUUGAAUGUGAAUGGAAUCUCACUUGAUUUACUGAGGACCUUGUUCUAUCCCAAACCCCUGAAUCAUAGGAACCCAGAAUUUUGACAUUUACUACUAACAUUAUCCUUUGUAGCCUAGAUGCUAUGACUAAACAUCACUAGCUUGACCUGAUCAAUUACCCUGCUUUAUAAUUCCUUCUAAUUCUUCAGUCUUAGAACCAUAGUAAUUCCAGCCAAGUGUACCACAACUAAAAUUUCUAAUAGCUUUUCCAGGUUAAUGAGACCAUUGCUUUGUAAAUUGCUGAGUGUGAUUGAAAUGUGAACGAUUAUUGUUGUAGCAAAAUACAAAUUUUGGGUAGACAGCAUUAUAGGAGGAAACUAGUUCCAGAGGAAAAGUGAUAUAAACAUUUUUCAUUACUUUAUGGCCGACUUUAUAAUCAAAAUUGAUCCACAGAUAUCCCUUCCUCCCUAUGAUUCCCAUGCCCUAACUCUCUAGUAGGUGCUGGUAGUAACAACUAGUAAGGCACUUCCCUUACUAGUGAUACCCAGCAGGUAUCUGGCUGAAGACUAUUUCUCCCCUGCCCUCACUUGUGGGAAAUGGAUAAAACUUACAACUACAUAAAUACAACUGUCUGGAACACAACAUUUCCAGCUUGGUAGUCAAAAGAUUGCCUACAGGCCCAGAAAUUUAUUAUUUUUCCUAAUAAUAUGUAUUUUAAGGCUUCUAACAUUGCAGGGAAAAGAAGCCAUGUGGAAUUGGGACCUAUUGCCUAAAUCAAGGGUUCUUAAUCUUUUUGUUGUCAUAAACCCCGUUGGUAGCAAGUGUGUCUUGUCAACCCUUUCUCAAAAUAAUGUUUUUAAAUGUAUAAAAUAAAAUAUCUAGGAAUACAAAGGAAAUAAAUUAAAAUCAUUGCCAAACUAUUAAAAAUUAAACCCAUGUUCAUGGAACCAGUGUUAAGAACCUCUGCCCUAGACUAAAACCCUCAUGAGCUAAUUUCAUUAUUUCUCAGCUGACAAGCCAUUCUGAACUAGGAGUCUUUGAAAGGAAGAGGGGACAUUAAGUCCCCACAAUAAGUGAACAUUAAGUGAAGGUCAUCUAGAAAGUAAGCCAGGGAAAUGAAAAGACUCCAGAUACUGUAGGUCUUAGAGUCAGUCUCCUGGAAAAUCUUCCUUCUGCUAUUGCUGCUGCAUUCUCCACCAAUCAUUUAUAUCUCCCCUAUUCACUCUCUCAAACUCUCUGGAUCUCGCGAGAGAUUUGAAAAUUACCACUGCAGUAAAAAAACAACAACAACAACAACAAAAGAAACCCUCAGCCUUCCAAUUCUGAUCUCAUAGUAGUUUUGUCUUUCCCCAAGCUGGUAAAAACUACAAUUCCCAGCAUAGUUAGCAAUUUAGUCCCUAUGCCAAGACAGCCAGUUCAGAGUUUGACUGAAUGAUUCAGUCUGACUUGCUCAAGGCCAGCAUUUGUUUGGCCUAACACUGGGCUUUAUCCCAAUUUUAGCUUGGAGACAAUUGGACAACACUUCUUUAUUUUCUUUAGGGGGUAAAUAUCGAUGUACAUUUGUAGGAGAAUGGUCUGUGUCUUUAAUAAAGUAAAAGAAUAAUUUGUUCAAAUGGAUGUCCUAAUAGCUAUGAAGUAGAGAUUUAUUCAUAAAUAAAUAUGGAGGCUGAGAAAGGAGAAUAUGCUACAACAAAUGGGAAUCUGCCUACAGCUGUUUGAAUUUCCUAUUCAAUUUAGGUGUAAAAAGCAAUGCCCUCGUACUUGGCCAAAGCAUGAGAGCUAAGGGGCUCUUUCAGCCUGAGGACCACAAUCAUCAUUUUCAUCAUCCAAAAUUUAUUAAAUACCUUCUCUGUGUAAGGAGCUAGACUAGGGGCUAGAGAGUGACUGAGCCCUUCUAGAUGAGAAGCUCCCCACCUUGAAGAAUCUGACUCUAAAGAACAGAGGACCAGAACUACAAUGUGAGAUAGUGAAAUGACAACUGCACUUGAAGCCAGGAGAUCUGGGGUCGUGCCCUAAUUCCAACAGUCACUAACUGUGACCUUGGGCAAGUCUCUCAACCUCCUUGGGCUUCAAUCUCCUUAUCUGCAAAAUGGGGGUGAUAAUUCACUUGCACUAACAACCUCACUGGUUGUGGUUGGAAAAAGUGCUUUGGAGAUGUUUAAAGCUCUCAUAGAAAUGUGAGUCAUUAGUAUUAAGAGACAGUAUAGUGCAGUGUAAGGAGCCCUGGAUUGAAGUUGAAAGUCCUCAGUUCUGCUCUGCUAUCUUUCCUCUACCAUUUACAACCUGUCUGUCUAGCUUCGAACCAGAAGCUUACUUAGCCUCUCUAGACCUCAGCUCCCUAUCUGUAAAAUAAAGGGGUGGAUUGGAGAUGAUCUCUAAGGACCCUCCCAUCUGCAGAUCUAGGAAUGUAUCUUAAGCUUAUUGAUGAAGGCUAUUCACAUUCACAGACCCCAUACCAUUGUCCUGGCUCUAAAUGGAAAGAAGCUAUGGAAAAACUAGGAAAGAGUCCCAGACAAUUGGUUACGACUCCCCCUCUGCUCCUUACUAUCUGUGUGAUGCUCAGCAGGUCCUGUAACCUCCCUGAGCCUCAAUUUCCUCAUCUGUCAGUUGGGAAUAAAAAUACUUAACCUACCUCACAGGGUUGUUGUGAGGGAAGUGCUUUGUAAACUGUGAAGCUGUAGAAACACAAGCCAUUGUUAUUAUUAACUAUUUCUAUUGCAUUAGACUUUUGUUAUUUUACCACCUUCAGUAUUGUAAGAAAUUAACUGUUUAGUCUUUACCAUUUUAUUAUGCUUUUAGUAAAUCUAGAUUACCUUUAGGAUUCUUUUUAUUAUGCCAGACUGGUUUUAGUAUUUUAAGACUGCUUUUUAGUGUUUUAAAUCUUACCAUUUUGCUCUUAACGCUUUAAGAUUGCCUUCUCAUGUCUUAGUUUCACUGUCCUAAAGACUAUUGUCCUUAAGACUUAAUGGUCUUCGUUUUACUGUCCCAAAACUGCUAUUUGUAUCUUAAAAUUUCCUACAGCAAGUGACUUUGAGGUGUUUUAGGCUGUUGUUUUCAUUAUUAGAUCGCUUUGCUUUUAGCCUAGACUUUAAUCUGUGACUUAGACCUUAAAGUUCCUCUGUUGCUUUCCCUAAAAGGCUGUUUUGAGUGAUCUGCUAAGAUGUUAACCUCUCAUCCCAUCUUACUGCCUUCAAUGUUUUCAAAUAAAGAAUCAUUUCUCAAAAUCUA